AUGGCAUCACGUACGAUAAAUACCGAAGCAAAAGCUUGUUCCAUCAAAACCCUAUCUAUUAUAGCCCUCUUCAUUACACCCUUCUCACUCGUGAGAUGCAAGUCAUGCAUAUGGUUUAUAUCGCGUGUCACUAUGGUGCAUGUUAUUGGGAGUGUAUCGGUUGUGAGGGGCGCGGAUGUGGGUGUGGGGUGGUACCUGGUCUACCUGCUGGCGGUGCGACGACCGCUGCCGUACGCACUGCCACCACCCGACCCGCCGGAACCUGGACAAGUAAUGAUAGCUUGGUGGAGAUCGAUACAGCUUGAUUAA